GCCGCACCACAAUCGGGUGUUUUUUUGGCCGUUAUUGUACGCUGUCGUUUACCUUGUCGUGCCGGCACGCGUACACUUAUUCCUCAUCAAUACAUUAUUGACUUCGCCAGCAUAACAAAGUGCACUACUUCUGUCGGCAUUGAUCGCGGAAAGCGGAGACUUUUUUAUAUGCAUCGAUAAGAAGUUGGAAGGCUACUACAAUAUACGCGCUAUUUUUGUACGUAGUGUUAAGUUGUUAACAAGCAGCGGCGUUUAGCAGUGCUGGUUGUUAUGUAUGUAUCACGUGCCGGCAAUAAUCUUGAUGGCGGUGACGACGGCACAUCCGGUGCGGAGUGUAAUCGGAUGCCGGGAGUAAUGCUGGCGCUGUUGACUGUUGACGGUUGACUCUCCACACUCGCGCUCACCUACACCGAAUUUAUCUGCAGAUUUACGCGGCCCAGUCAGCGUAAUUAUAUCCCGCUGGGUUGGAUGGCGCUGCUGUCUCUCUGGAUCGCUUAAUGCGCCUCCAAUUCCCGGCUCCACCGCCAGCGAAUCCUCCUCAGCGGAAAAUUGCAUUUAACUGUCCGCUUCGCGGGAUCCGCGGCUCACCGGUGUUUCUUACAGGAAUUUGCAGGCGGGUGUCGUAGAUAUGUUGCUACGUGUAUACCGGAAAAUAUCCUUCCUGUUAUCGAAUUAACGUUCAACGCAGCGGCGAUUAUUUUUAUUCCACUGACCCUCAACCUGACUUGCAUUGGAUAUUUGUUGGAUAUAUAUUGAGUAUUUCAUAUAUGCACAAAUCUGUAUAUAAUGCAUAUACCGGCAAAUUUUCCCGACAGACUAUCCAAUAAGCGCUUCACGCAGCGGCGAUUAUUUUUAUUCAACUUACCUUCAACUUAACCAAGCGUUGACUGGAUAUUUUUGGGAUGUUCCCUGGAUAACUUUUGCCCCAUAUCCGGAUUAUUAUACGAAUAAAGUAGUAACGCAGCGGCGAUUAUUUUUAUUCAACUGACCCUCAACCAAGCGCCGUUUCUUGGAUGUUCUUGGAUGCUUCCUUGUUUAUUUCUGGAUAUAUAACAGGGAAUUAAUGAUUAACGCAAGCUUAUGGAGUGGUCAGCCAACGCCAGCCUCUCCAACACAUCCGUGCCCACACGCUCCCUCUUCACGACGGUGUGCAGCCUAACCAUCGUGCUGACCGCCGUGGUGGGCGGCCUCCUCAACCUCCUCAUCAUCGCCGCCUUCGCGCGCCGCCGCAGCCUCCUGACGCCCUUCACGGCGCACGUCCUGCACCUGUGCCUGUCCAACCUGCUCCUCAUCUUCACCGCCACGCCGCUGCUGGCCCGCCACAGCCUCCUGGGGCGGUGGGACAUGGGACGGGUGGCGUGCCGGUUCUACCUGUACUGCGUGUGGACGUUGUACUGCCUGCCGAUCCUGCAGCACCUCUUCAUCGCCUACGACCGCCUGCUGGCCGUCUGCUGGCCGCUGCUGUACCGCAAGGCCAAUAGCCUGGCGGCGGUGACGGCGUUGAGCGGGCUGGCGCUGGCCUACGCCCAUUUGUGGGCGUUGCCGCUGCUGUUGCUGGACGGCCGGCGCCGGCUAGCCGCCGACGAAUGGCAGUGCUUCGUGGAUAUCUACGCGUGUCCGCUGCACGCCAUCACUGUCCAGCUGAUGCUCUACGGACUGCCCAUCCUGGCCACCUACGCCGCCGCCCCGCUGGUGGUCGCCAAGGUCUGGCACAAACGCCUGAGACGGAUGCGGAUGCACAGUUACGCCUUACCCGAGCCCACGGACGACAUGGUGAAGUACGAGCCCUCGGAAGUGUGCUCCUUCAACCCGGCCAGCCUCCCCGGACGGCACUCGCGGCAGUCCAGCCUGGCGCCCCUGCCCAGCUACCCCAGCCACUGCAGCCAGACCCCCAGCCACGCCUCCAAACCGCCCUCCUCCCAGACCCUGACCUUUCUGCAGUUCCUGCGCAAGGACCCCAAGCUGUACCUGUUCUGUCUACUGGUGUCGGCGGAGAUGUUCUUCUGGGGCCCCAAACUGACCUACUACCUCCUCUUGAACAACCCCGCCUACUUCCACCCCGACAUCCUGCUGGCCGUCACCGCCAACUACGGCCUCCUCUACUGCACCGAUCCCCUCAUCUACCUCUUCUGUCUGGACGGUCUCCGCAAGGAGGUUAUCAGCAUCCUGCGCUGCCGGCCCCGCACCACUCUUAUAUAACGAAAUUGUACAUGCCUCACUCACCUGAUCAUGACCUUUACCGUGAUUGCACACCGAUCUUUCCUUUAUUGGAUUUCACCAUUUUGUAAAUUAUUUUUGAUAUCCAACGUGACCUUUACGCUGCACAAUAAAAUUACACAUAUAAUAUAUCUCGCAUUGAUUUGUA